AUGAUAUCAUCAGUCGAUAGGCUUAGCAGCUUGCCGGACGACGUCAUAUGCCACAUUCUCUCUUUCCUCCCGACAAAGCUCUCAGUGGCGACCAGUGUUCUCGGAAGAAGAUGGAGAUUUUUGUGGGCUCACGUUCCUUGCUUUGAUUUCGGGGCGAAAGAUUUCACCGGCAAAACAGAACAUUCGGACAUCAUCCAUAGAUUCAUUUUGCGCCACGAGGCGAAGAGAAUGAAUACUUUUAGGCUCAGUUUAGUGAACUGCAACGAAUAUCAACUGGAGACAUGGAUUAGUGUUGCCAUCAAGCGUAAUAUCUUGAAUCUUGAUCUGGGUCUUAAUGUGUUUAGGUUAAUUCUCCCGCGUCCCCUCUUCACCUGCAAAACCAUUGUUGAUAUGAGAAUUUUCGGAGGUAAAUAUGUCUCGUCAAGUGGGGACAUACAUUUGCCUUGCCUCAAAAAGCUUGUUCUUCAUCUCGUUGAGUUUGAAGAUGAUGAAUCCCUUCCUCGCUUGCUUUCUGGCUGUCCUUUGCUCAAAGAAUUGACCAUGUCUUAUAGUUUUAUAUUGAAUGAAAAAAGACUAGGCUGCAUUAAUAUAUCUUCACCCUCGUUAGAAACACUUACGAUCGAUUUUAAUAAUUACGAAGAUUUCCCUGUGUAUGAAAUUUUAAUAAAUGCAAAGGCACUUAGAUAUCUCUAUAUGGGUGAUUGUCCUUUGGGGUUCAUCACAAAUUCGACAACUAUGAGCUCUUUAGCUGAGGCGUGCAUUUGCUUUCAAUACGGUUUCUUUGUGUACAUGAACAGCGAGAGCUAUUCCAAUGUGGUGAAAUUUCUUGAUUGUCUUUGUAAUGUGAAAUGUCUACAGAUAUCAAGUUAUGGAGGCAAGGAGGUUCUCCCAUUAGGAUUUGCUGGCUCACUAGUAAAAUUUGUUAAUUUAACCAAACUUGAACUCCAAUCGAGUGCUGGAUGGCAUUUGCUUGUACAUUUACUUGAAGUUGCUGAUAAUCUUGAAGCCCUUGUUAUUGAAAUAGAAUUGAUAUCCUUUACGGAGCCCAAUCGAGUGCCAACAUCCCUAUUAUCAAGUCUUAGAACUAUAACAAUUAAGGUAGUCUGUAUUGGAGAGGAUGAAUUUAACGUUGUGAGGUAUCUCUUGAAGAAUUCUCAUGUACUGGAGGAGAUGAAAAUAUUAGCCCUAGAUGAUGAUUCGAUUCCAAGUGAUUUAAGCGAAGGUGAUUUAAACGUAGCAUUCGAUGCGCUUCAGAGAAUCUCAUUGUUUGAGCGAGGAUCGGUGACAUGUCAGCUUGCCUUUCAGGUUGUUGAACAGUUGAACUAA